CAGUUCGGCGAUGUUUGUUUAAUCUGCUGUAGAAGCGUGGUUACACUUUUGUAAUAUUUUUAUAUUAAACCCAGGGCGCGAACAUCAUAUAUUGGAAUUAGUAGCGAGGACGGCAAUUGUUGCCCAAAUCCAAUAUGGAUUUUGGGAAACGGUGACGUAGAAAAACUUCCGGCAUAUAAUUUAAUCCCUGCGCUGACUCAAGUGUUCGAAGUGUGUCGGUUCUUUGCGUUCAGAUAGAUGUUAGAUUGAUGCCAUGAUAGAUAAGUGGUGCAUAUAGCAACAAAUAAAUUCUAGCCGGCAAUCCUUCUGCAGUCUGGAUGCUGAUGUUGCUAGAAGGAAGGGCAGAUGCAUAAUUGUACCAAAUAUUACAUUAAAGAAGGGACUAUCUAUAGCGCAACAUGGCCUUUUUCCCCAAGAUACUAUUGAGGAGUGAAUUAGAAAGCUAUCUGCGUAAUGUGUAUACUAACAAAGAGUUAGUGGCAGUCAUUGGUGCUCCUGAAGCAGAAAGCCUCUUUGAAAACUUACUGAAUCACCUGGCCCAUCCUCCAUCUUUUACUACUGUUCGGGUUAACACUCUUUCCACUUCAAUAGAAAAUGUGAAGUCACUUCUGCUGGAUGAAAUCCAUCAGCAAUUCCCUGGUGUGAAUAUCCCAAUUUUACAGCAUCCAGUUCUUCAUGACCUCUUACUAAUUCCAGUCAUUGGUCCAAGGAAGACCCUGAAGCACCACCCUGUACAAGUUAUUGUUGGAGCCCAGUGUGGAAACGCUGUCCUUAGGGGAGCACAUGUCUAUGCUGCUGGAAUUGUAUCAGCUUCUAAAUGGAUGAAAGCUGGAGAUGAAGUCUCUGUGUUUUCUGAUAUAGAAGGAAAAUGUAAAAGGGGAGCCAAAGAAUUCCUUGGAACAAAAAUCUUCAUUGGGAACGGUGUUUCAGAGCUGAGCCGAAAUGAAAUCUUCUGUAGCAACAACCCAGUAAAGGGGAAAGGAAUCAGAAUGACAGAACCAGUAUAUUUAAGUCCAUCCUUUGACAAUGUGCUUUCGGGAUAUAUCUUUCUGCAGAAUUUGCCCUCUGCGGUGGUAAGUCACGUGCUGAAUCCACAGCCAGGAGAGAGGAUAUUAGAUAUGUGUGCAGCACCCGGGGGAAAGACCACGCACAUCGCCACGCUCAUGAAGGACCAGGGAGAAGUUAUAGCCAUGGAUAAAAUAGCCAACAAAGUAGAGAAAAUCAAACACAAUGCAUCAGUGCUAAAGCUCAAGUGCAUCAAGGCUUUCUGCUUCAACAGCACCAAGGCAGUGCGAGAUCAGAAUUCUCCCAGUGAACAAGGAGACGGGCCUCCAUUCCUCCCCAAGUCCUUUGACCGAAUUCUGUUGGAUGCUCCAUGCAGUGGAAUGGGUCAGAGGCCAAACAUGGUCUGUCCAUUUUCCUUAAAGGAACUGACAUCAUACCAGCCCCUACAGCGCAAGCUCUUCACUGCGGCAGUUGAGUUACUAAGACCCGGCGGGACGCUAGUCUACAGCACGUGCACUGUAACAUUAUCUGAGAAUGAAGAACAGGUUGCCUGGGCGCUGAAAACCUUCCCAUGUCUUGAGCUUCAGCCACAGGAACCCCAUGUUGGAGGGGAAGGUAUGUUGGGCGCCGAGUUGUCCCCAGACCACCUGAAGCUGCUGCAGAGAUUUGACCCGUGCCGCUCUGAGUUCUGCAGCGUCGAUCUCAAUCAUUGCUCAGCUGAGCACAGCAACACCAUCCCAUUGGCAAAUAAGGACACUAUAGGGUUUUUUAUUGCUCGCUUUGUAAAGACAAGAUAAAAAGGACCAAUAUUUUUUUAAAGACAGUAAAGCGUUGUCUAGGCAUGGAAUUCAGAGUGCAACCAUGUUACCAUGCCGACAAGUGAUUAAACUGGUUGCCAUGGAAGCAGACAGUCUGCCAGCUGUUCAUUUCACAAUCCAUUCUUGCAGCCACAGGUUAAAUAAAGAAAUGAUUUCAGUUUUUAUCUAAA